CGUGAACGCAGCUCGGACCGUGUGUGACGCCGCCGGACAUAAACAAACCCCGUGUCCGCGGCUCCGUGGACCGUUAACACCCACCGAUACCGGGUCUAGAGACACUUUUACCGGUGUCAAAUGUCUGAAAGUUUAAAGAUUAAAGGUGUGGGCGGUGAAGAUGUUCAAGUCUGACAUGAGUUUCGUUCAAGUUGUGGACGGAAAACUUAACGUGACCUGCUGUCAUCUCUGCAUGUCUUUCCAUCCGUCAUGAAUCUCCAUCUGACCUCCACUCCGUUCUCUAGAAAUGCGUGUGUUUCUUCGUUCUUUGCAUGUUUCUCUGUGAAUGUGUCGUAAUGAGGGAGGACAGCGUUAACCCUUUGGCGUCUGCGCCUCCACGCCAGGGCCGGACUGACUAUGCUGGACGGGUCCGGAGGCUUCGUGUUGAUUUGGAAGCUGAGAAGAACCAGAAGCUGCAGACCAGUGAACGCCUCAGUGUGGAGCUGAGGCUCCUACGUGAAGAGGCGGAGAAGGAGCUGCUGAGGUCCUGGGUGGAGCUGAGGUCCAGGGGGCGGAGCCAAAAGGACUGGCCUCGACGUCUACUGUCAAAGGAGGUGAACGGUCCGACGUACACGAGGCUGGAGCAGCUGCUGACGCUGUAUGAUAAGUUACAUGGAGAUCAGACGGUGCGUAAACUCCAUCACAGGCAGGAUUUAGAUGUGGACAAGGCCUUGCUCCUCUGCCGCCUCCUCCAGGAACCACGCAAACAGAGGUCAGGGCCCGCCCCCAUUGCCAGAGGACGACCUUCAACUCCAUGUGCUGAACUGGGACGCACCGAGACACCGGGGACGCCCUCUGGUCGUCUGGGGAACCAGCAGGAGGAGGAGGAGUCUUCAGAGGGGGGUGGGACUUUAACCGAGCCCAGAUCUGUCUUUGCUGAGGGGGGUGGUGCUCUGAGCCGCUCUCUGAGGACCUGUGACCCCCACGGCCCUCCCCAUGGUGACGGGGACGACCAGCGCCUUCGCUGCACCGAGUCCUCUGGGUCUGAUGAGUGUCCGGCCUCCAGAUGCACCGACACCAACAUGGAGAACGGUACUGACUACGGCUUCCUGGUGCGUCAGAACUCUGAACUCCUGCGAGCUCUGGAUGAGUUGGAGAAGACGUGCACCACUCUGAGGGAGGAGAACGUCCUGUUGAGGAAGAGCAGCGCCCCAGAGACCGAGGAGAAGGUCAGACGGCUGAGGAGGAAGAACACUGAGCUGGCUGUUCUGGCCAAAAGGCUGGAAGAGAGGGCGAGGAAGCUGCAGGAGGCCAACCUCAGAGUGGUGAAUUCUCCGUCGCUGAUGAGGCCCGGCUCCGUGGAACAGUACAAGAGGGCGUUUGCUCGUCAGAGGGCCCGUGACCUGGCCCACCACGCCGACGCCCUCCUGUGGAAGGACAAGGAGAUCGCCGCUCUGCAGCAGGAAUGCAGAGACCUGGAGGCUCGUCUGGGACCCUCCAAGGGUUCCAACAUUCCAUCUGCUCGACUGGAGUUCGAGAAGCUCCUCCGGGAGUCGCAGAGGGAGGUUCUACGUCUCCAGAGGCAGCUGUCGGUCACCUCCUCCGGCCAGAACCAGGACCAGGACCAGGACCAGGACCGCAGCCCUGACGGACCAGAGCCCAGUGGGGAACCUGGGAAGGAGGUUGCAGCAGAGACCCCUGGUGUGGCCUUAGAUGAAGCUCCGCCCAGGUGUGAGAAAACCCCCGGAGAGGAGGAGGAGUCGGGGCCGUGUGUGACGCCCCCACCGGGCCUCAGCCCGCCCCCCUCCCAUCAGGAGGACCCCCCCAACAAGCAGCACCUACAUAGUCUGGAAAGUGAGCUGAGCAACAAGAGAAAAGAAUGUGAAAACCUCGAGCAUGAAGUAAAGAAGCGACAGAAGAGAUGUCUGGAUUUGGAGAGCCAGCUUGAGGAUGAGCGAGGCAGGAAUGAGCAACUAAAGGAGGAGGCAGAACUCCUCAGGAGGAAGGCACAGCUGCUCGACCAGACUCGGGCUGAGAAUGAGGAGCUGAGGGAAGAUCUCUCUGAAGUGACCGCUCAACACAAUUCAGUUCUCGAGGAGAACCAGAGACUCCGUGCCAAACUGGAGAACCUAGAGCAGGUCCUAAAGCACAUGCGAGAGGUCGCCGAGCGAAGGCAGCAGCUGGAAUUGGAACAUGAGCAGGCACUGGCUAUCCUUAAGUUCAAACAGGAUGAAAUCAAACGGCUUCAGCGGGCUCAGUUAUUUGCCAAGAGGGAACACGAAGGAGUGGUUCAGAUGUUGGAGGUUCUGACUGCUUUGGUGUUACAGAGGGAGCUGUCGAAGGUUCGGGAGCUGGAGGAGAAAUGUCGCAGUCAGAGCGAACAGUUUGGUUUGUUGUCCCAAGAGCUGGAGAAGUUCCGACUGCAGGCGUCGAAGGUGGACCUGGCCGGUUCGACCCUCCUCAACAACCCCGGCCUCUCGGUUCUGACCAACGGCGUCGGCCUGACGACGGACCGGGACAUCACCGGGGGCUCUUUGGACAUGGUGUCUCUGGGUGAAAUAGCCUUCUGGAGUCUGGAGGGGGGGGACGCUCUGUCCUGCCCUGAGGGAAAUGAUCCUCUCGAUGUGGCCGCCGCCCUUCGGAUGGGGGCCACACCCCACGCCGCCGGGCUGUCCAGGGUGGAGCGCUCGCCCGUCACCAAGCACCGAGAGCUGCCCACCAUCAGCGUCAGCAAGUCGGCCUCUACCUCCAGCAAGUCGGAGGCCACGCACCUCACCCCCAAGUCCGACACCCACCUGAGUCCUCACAAGUCCAGCCCCACGCACGAGGUUGACACGGCCAGUGAAGUGGAGGAGCUGGACAUCGACCUGGCCCCGGCGCCGUAUACACCCAGCAGAGGAGCAGCGAAACUCCAGGUGUUUAUUGCACGAUACAGCUAUAAUCCUUAUGAUGGCCCCAACGACAACCCAGAGGUGGAGCUUCCUCUGACAGCGGGCGAAUAUAUCUACGUGUACGGAGACAUGGACGACGAUGGCUUCUACGAAGGUGAGCUCAUGGACGGGCGGAGAGGGCUGGUCCCCUCCAACUUCGUGGAACGAGUUUCAGACGAUGACGUCAUGAGUUCGCACCACCAAGAGACUGUGGACGUUUCCCACAAUUCCCUGCUUGACAGCAGCCUGCACAGUGCCAGCCACCAGCAUCACCUCCACGCGGGUGUAAGCGCCUCAGAACGGACAGAGGCCUCUGCCGCUUCCGGUCCCGCCCCCGCCCCCUCAGAUCCAACGUCGGCCUCCACUGUCCCAGCCCCCCUCACCAACGGCCUGGACGUGGAUCUGGAGGAGGUGGGAGUGGACAUUGUGCCUUACCCACGUAAGCUCACCCUCAUCAAGCAGCUCGCCAAGAGCAUCAUCAUCGGCUGGGACCCCCCGCUGGUGCCGGCGGGCUGGGGCAACGUGUGGAGCUAUAACGUGUACGUGGACCAGGAGCUGCGGCUCAACGUGCCCUUCGGCGCCCAGACCAAAGCGGUGCUGGAGCGCCUAGACAUCAACCUCAAGGCCUACCGCGUGUCGGUGCAGAGCCUGACGGAGAAGGGCCUGUCGGACCAGAUGCGCUGCAGCAUGCUGGUUGGUCGGGAUGUCUGCGUGGCGCCCACGCAGCUCCGCGUGGACCGUGUCACCGCCACCUCUGCCAACCUGACCUGGCUGCCCAGCAACAGUAACUAUGUGCACAUUGUGUCCUUGAACGAGGAGGAGUGUGAGCUGGUGAAGGCUGGCUGCUACUCGCUGUGCCUCAAUAACCUCCUCCCCAGCCUGCAGUACACACUCAAGGUGGAGGCGCGGCCGCACCGCACGCCCUGGGAGUUACCCGCAGAGCGGCGGGAACAUCGGAGCGCCACCAUCACCUUCAACACACUGAUGGCAGGUCCUCCUGAUGCUCCUCUGGAUGUCCAGCUGGAACAUGGCCCCUCCCCCGGCAUUGCCCUCAUCAGCUGGCUGCCCGUCACCAUCGACGCUGCAGGGACGUCCAACGGAGUCCGAGUCACAGGCUACACCAUCUACGCCGACAAGAAGAAGGUUCUGGAGGUGUCGUCGCCCACAGCAGGCAGCGCCCUCCUGGGUCCGUCUCAGAUCCAGUCUCUACAGGCGGCGCAGGAGCUCACCGUCCGCACCACGUCCGCCCACGGGGAGUCCUGCGACUCCCUGCCCGUCAACGUGCCGUCCAAGCUGGCCGCCAUCAUGGCAGGCCCGGCCGCCACCUCCCCAGCUGUGCCAGCCACACCCCCGUCCUGCGUCCCCUUAGGCCCGCCCUCCCCCGUCAUGUACGGGAACUCUGCUGCCAAAGUCUCCACGCUGCCCGGCGUUCUGCCGUCCAACCCUCAUGCCGCUGCUCUCACAGUGGACGCCACUGCCAACGCUCUGCUCGCUGACGACCUGCUCCCGUCGGCCUCGUACGCCAAGGCGUGGGCCGACCCCUCAUCGGCCGCCGCCCUCGCCGUCUGCGAGGCUGUACUGCCGGACGCCUCCGCCAUCAGUCCACCCGUAACCUCACCCAUCCUCCAUGUUAACAUCACGUCACCCAUGGCCUCGUCACCUCAGCCUCUUCAGCCUCCUUCAGUAGCUCCGUCCUCCCCCAUCCAGACCCCUGUAGUGGUGUCCGAGCCACUCAGAGACGCCGACAGCCCCGGGACGAUCCGUCCUUUCCCGUCCAUUACAGACUUCAUCGAGGACCCUAGUGCCAAGCUUGGAACACCAGAGCCCGUCCCGAGCCCCCCCAAAGCAGCCAUCACAGACCUCCUCAGACCGCGGGACACCCAGCUCAUCAGACCCCCCAGCUCCUCACCACUGGAGUCGGAGGCAGAGGACGAGCAGGAGAACACACGCCUGGUGUCCAUCGAGGAGUUCCUGAGACAGGACCAGGAGACGGCGUACGGCAGGAGACCACAGGGUUACUGCAGAGGCCUGGUAGAACCUCAGAGUGAUUACCAGGCAGACAACAGCCGCUCAGACCUGUCAGACAUCUUGGAGGAGGAGGAGGAAGAUCUGUACUCGGACCACCUGGGAGACACCCAGACCAGAGGAUACGGCGUGGGACUGAACCGGCUGAAGUCGUGUCGAGUGGAGACCCCAGACAGCGAUGAAGAGGUUCUGGAGCGCAUCCUGAAGCUGCCUCCUCAGAUCUACCACAGUAAACAGCUGUUCAGCAUCCCUGAGGUGACGGAGGAGGAGGACAGCAGCCAGGAGGACCCCCACCACGGCCCGCCUCGGCCACGCCCUGGCCACACCCACCUGCACUACGCCUCUCAGCACCACCCCCAUCACCCCCACGUCCCCCCGCAGCACCACCACUUCAACAGGGUUCCCAGAGCCCUGUCCAAAGAGCCUUCACCCCGACACGGCGUCCCGCCGGUCAAGCCCAAGGUCCAGCACCGCGUGCACUACGCCGACACCAUGGACACCAUUGGUUACCCCGAUGAUGACACCGGCCCGUACGAGGGUUCCACCAGCCGCCGGGUCUCGGCCCGUCCCCCCCAGCCAAACCCCCACAGAGCUCUGAUUGGAGGGCUCGGGGACCGCCUUAGGAGGGAGGCCAUGCUCCGGAGCCAGAAGGCCGCCGCGGGCGUCCAGGGUCAUGGCCUCCCCCCGCCGAGACCCCACCCAGUCAGUAAAACGGUCCGGUCCAUCAGGUCGCCCACUGGCCGCGGGAUGGAGAUCGACGUGGAGUACGGAACUGACACUGAGGAGGCCGCAGGCUAUGGCCCCGGAGGGGUGGUGGUGGAGCAGAUGAGCUCCGAGUGGUGGGUGGAGGGGGCUCAGAUGGAGCACAGCAGACCCCCCCACCGACGGGGGCCCAAGCCUGAGCCAAUGGGAAAUGUCACUGCAGGACAGCAAUGGGACUCCAGUCAAAUCCCUCCAUCUGAGGCUGGGCCAUCGUGGGGGGGUCAGGCCGAGCCCUCCCCCAAACCCACCAGUUCACAGACCAGACAAACUAAAGGUUGUGUGGAUUCUCCAAAGGCGAAGGCCGACAGCGACGUCCGUAUCUUCGUGGCCCUGUUUCCGUACGAUCCCGUCACCAUGUCACCCAAUCCCGACGCCGCUGAGGAGGAGCUGCCGUUCAGCGAAGGACAGAUCAUCAAAGUUUACGGAGACAAAGACGCAGACGGGUUCUACCAGGGCGAGUCUGCAGGCCGUCUGGGCUUCGUCCCCUGUAACAUGGUGUCUGAGAUCCAGGUGGAGGAUGAGGAGACGCGGCAGCAGCUCCUGCACCAGGGCUUCUUAUCCACGGCAGCGUCCAUGGACAAGAUUGGCACUCGCACUCAUGCACAGCUUCCACGUCGCCCUGUUCCGCCGCCGAAACCCAGACGAUCCAAGAAAGUGGAGUCGGCUUCAGUCUGGGAGCCCACUGUAGAUUCCUCUAGUCCAGAUCCGUCCCAGUCCUCCACAGCUCCACCUCCUCCCGGUCCUGGUCCUGGUCCUCCUCCUUCUGCUUCUUCAGGAAACCCAAACCCACUUCCCGGUGCCCGCAGGAUGGUCGCCAUCUUCGACUAUGACCCGCGAGAGAGUUCACCCAACACAGACAUAGAGGCCGAGUUGACCUUCAGUGCAGGAGACGUCAUCCAUGUGUUUGGAGACAUGGAUGAAGACGGCUUCUUCUACGGCGACUUGAAUGGACACAGAGGCCUGGUUCCGUCCAACUUCCUGCAGGCGUUACCGGAGGGCGAAGCUGCCCCGCCUCCACCAGAACCCAAGAAGGAAUCCCAGGGCGACUGGACGUCGUCUACAGACCGUCCUCAUCCUCAUCUUCAUCAUCCUUCAACUGUCGAGGACUCAGAACCUCCUGGUCCUGAUCCAACAGCGCACACAGAUCCACCUCCAGAUCCACAGCCUGCUGCUACCUUGACAUCAGAACCGAAUUCAGCUCCGCCCACAGAGGCCCACUGCCCCCCUCCUGUCCCCGCCCCCGCCUCUCCGGUCCCCGCCCCCGCAGACGCUGCUGCUCUGACAGACAGCGCUGCACAAGGCAAGAAGAAGAAAAGCUUCUUCUCUAAAGGAAAGAGGCUUUUCAGGAAACUGGGAUCCAGCAAGAAAGAAUGAGUCUGGACUUUGAGCCCAGAUCGUCUUGUUGAAAGCACUUUGUCCAUCUCCGUGGGUCGUCUCAGACGGCGUCCGUCGCCAACAUCAGAUCUAAGAUAUGAAGCUUUAACCCAGUAUUUGCAGAUCUGAUGUUACGUUUGCCUUAGAGCAUUUAGAGUCCGUUGACUACAGCUUCCAGCAUGAUCCGAUGCACGUUGAAGUGUUCCGUCUGUUCCAAAUCCACUAUAUCCUGGAAAUAAUCUGUUAUUUAUCGGAAUAUUAACGCAUUAGAGGCUGUAAUGCUUGUUACAAAGUCAAUCUGAAAAGCAGCUCCAGACUCGGCUGAUCGACUCAGAUUAGCUUUAGGAGCCCGACACUCGCACACUGGUGCCACUUUAUUUAUCUGAGAAGAGUAGAAGCUCCCAGAAUGCACUACCACGUCUGUCUGCUUGGCCACGCGCAUCUUCCUGCUUUACUAGUAUUUAUACAAGGCUUUGUACAGAACCUGGUAUUUAUUUGGACUGAGGUGGGAGCAGGAGUGGCCUGGGCCUGGUCCCGGUCCUGGUCCUGGGCCCGGUCCUGCUCCUGGGCCUGGUCCAUGUGUGUAGUUUAGUUGUAUUUAUGUGUGUGUGGAGGUGAACGCCGUCCGCUGAGGCGGAGGCUGAUGGGCGUGGCCAGGGUGUGGUCAGGGUGUGGCCCGUCCACUGGUGACUCUGAAACAGUUGCCUUUCUCCAACAUUAACGCAGUCACAUUCGGCCUAAACGUUCACAAACACACAGUUGACCGCCAACAGGAAGUGUAGUGUUUGGAAGGCGGCAUAGUCGUAGGUUAAUUUCUUUUCCUAAAUCCACUGAAACUCUUCCAGAUGAAGGUGAAACUUGUCCACGUCCAGAUGAGCUCAGCCUUUGGGUCCGUUCAGUCUGAAUGUAAUGGCGUUUUGAACAGCGCCUACGUGAGUGUUUUCAGUCGCUGUGGUCGGUGGCGUUCGUGUCCCGACAGAGUUUGCAAUAAAUCGCUUCAUCUUGUUAUUUAUGUUUUUUGUUUGUUUUGCCUCCGUUUUUGGAGUAAAAUGACAGGAUAGAGUAAAGAGUGUCUGACAUCCACGCGGCUGCAUUGAAGCCAGUUUUGCACAUUUUGUUGAGGUGUGUUUAGUUUUUAUCAGUUUUUCAUGUAGUUACUGCAUGAGUGGCGUCAGAAACAUGUUUAGAAUAGAGAUGCACCGACCACGAUACCAGACAGUAAACCCACAUGACAGGAUUCAACCUGAUUAUUAUUAUUAUUAUUAUUAUUAUUAUUAUUAUUAUUAUUAUUAUUAUCCUCCACGAAUUCAGUUCAGUUUUAUCGAAAAUGAAUCAUGUAUUUAAAUAAUUGGUCUAGUUAUGGGAGCAUUGGGUGAGUUUCCAUCCAGAACCUUAAAGAUCCUGAGUGGAAACACUGGAAAACAUGAAAAACCCUUUGACUAUUCAGAUGUUUGUGUUGAUUUAAUGUCAGUUCAGUCAUUGGAAUUAAUACAAGAAACUGAAAUAGUUUAAUGGAAUCAGAUAAAAACACCACCAUGGAUGAGGACAUAAAUGCGAGAAAUAGAGUUUGAUGAACUGAGUCCGAAGCAUUGUUUGAUCUGGACCAGAGGUUCUGAAACACGUCCUGGAUGUUAUUUAAUGUUAUUUAAACCUGGGUGAUGAUGAUGAUGAUGAUCGACGUCUUCAUCAGAUUAAUGUUCAUCAUUUCAACCCAUCUGUCAUCUCCGGUACCGGAUCUGUCUCUCUGGGUCAGUACCGGGCCAAUGUGGGCGUCCGUAUCUGGUCGGUGCAUCCCCCUCCCUCCCCUCCCCUCGAGGCCAUGACGUCGGACUGGGUGGUGUUUCCAUGGCGACAGCGGCGUGACGUCGGACCAGGCUGUUCAGUAUCUUCUCAGGUUUCUACUUGUAGUUUCUUCUUUUGUCAUAAACUGCAGGAUCUGCCAAACUCUUAGGUGCUUUGCCAGUUGAAGACGAGAGCGAGUGUCCUCAACCCGGACUCGGACCGGGAUUCGGGCGCCGGGCGUCAACCGCAGACGGAGGCAGUUUUUAUUUUACAUGAUGAAUGUUUUAGUUUAGUUUGUAAGUGUUGCAUAAAGGGAGCAUGACGAUGCCAAGAGUUAAAGGGAGGGUCGAUCGCAGACACUUUAGGAGAAUUAGUCUGGGCAGAGCUGAGACUGAGGCUGGGGGGGGUGUCGGGGGGGUGGGUGUAGCGGGGGUGUAGGGGUGGAAGCCACCUCAGUCUCCUGCCCCGACCCGGAUCAGUAGGACCUAGUCUCAUGUAGGUAGAACGUAGCUGACUUUGGAACAUUUAGCCUUAUGAGAAGACGUUGUUUAGUCUUAAUUUGUUGUUUACAGGAUGUUUUCUGGAGUGCAUGCAUCAAACCAAUGUUCUACCCAUGUUCGGCCUUAUUUCUGUUCUGUCGUCUGUUCUGUUGGUGUUUUUUAGGCUGAAUCAUUUGCAAUAUUUGAGCUGUAGUUUGUUAUUGAAGUGUUGAAGCAGUGGAGGAUGUGUACAUAACGACCAGUGUUGGGACUUUAACCACGUCGUAUAUUUUCAUACAGCAUCGAUUCUUUUUUUUUUUUUGGUCUCUCCUGACCUACAUUCAUUGUUGGAAACCAGUGGAAGUUUUACCUUUUCUAUAUUCAUGUUUUUAUUACCCUUUUGGAAACUCAUCUGUAAAUAUUUUUGUUAAUAUUGUUUUUCAGAUUUUUUUUUUGCAUGCCGAGGCCGGUAUCGACGGAGGCUCAGUACCUACAGACGUAGUGCACAGAGGACAUUGACUUGAACUUGUGAUGGUUUCUUUCAAUAUGGCUCUUUUUACAGGAAUAAAGUGUAUAUUUUCACAGAAAA